ACCACCCCUCAAAGUACUCGAUGUAUAGUUAAAAAAUGGGAGGGCACACUUGAACCGAGCUGCUCUAUGAAGGUAGGCUGCAGCGUGUGUUUAUUGAUGAGAUGAAAAGAAGAUGGAAGUGAGAAAUGAAACAAAGUAAAGGAACAUAUUAAAAAAAAACUAUACGCGCUUCGUCGGGGGAAAACAGGGGGAGCCUUGGAAUCGCUGUCGCCACUUUUUAAACGAGCUUCGAAGUGCAGAGAAACACAUGAUUUGGACAGAGAGGACUGACAGCCUUGCCUAGCACCCGGCCUCUGAUCAGCCAUCUCCACCAGCAAACUGAAGCUUGACCCGCACUUCAUCACCAGCCUCACAAGCAUCUUCGGAACAAAACGUCAUCUAACUGUGACAUCAGUUGCAAGGGGAUGACCGAGCGCAUUCAUAACAUCAAUCUCCACAACUUCAGCAAUUCUGUACUUGAGACCCUCAAUGAGCAGCGCAACCGUGGGCACUUCUGUGACGUGACUGUUCGGAUCCAUGGAAGUAUGCUGCGAGCUCACCGGUGCGUGCUGGCUGCUGGAAGCCCCUUCUUUCAGGACAAGCUGCUCUUGGGCUACAGCGACAUUGAGAUCCCCUCUGUGGUCUCAGUUCAAUCCAUCCAAAAGCUGAUUGACUUUAUGUACAGUGGGAUUCUGCGGGUAUCUCAGUCAGAGGCCCUGCAGAUCCUUACUGCUGCCAGCAUCCUACAGAUCAAGACCGUCAUUGAUGAGUGUACCCGCAUCGUGUCCCAGAAUGUGGGCGGCUGGGCCGGGGGGUUCCCUGUUAUACCAGGAGAUUCUGGUCAGGAAACACCCCGUGGCACGCCAGAGUCUGGCACCUCUGGGCCCAGCAGUGACGCAGAGUCAGGUUAUAUGCAAGCAACAUCACAGCAAAGUAUGGAUCGUGCAUACACAUCACUGUACUCCUACCCUGGCCUCUCUCUGCAGAACGGCACCCGCGAGCGCCCCCUGUACAUUAACCCUCUGGCGUCAAAUUACGAUCCGACUCUCAGCACUCAGAAGGACCACCAAUCUCAAGAUCCGCCCUGGAUGAACCGCAUCCAGGAGAGAUCACAGCAGGUCGAUCGCUUCAUCUCCACAGCAGAGUCCACUCACUGCCGCAAGCAACCCCGACCGGUACGCUUACAAACAGCAGGGAUGCACAUAAAGCAGGAGGCCGAAGACGAGUACAGCUGCUACGAUAAUUUGGGGGACUGCCAAGACGACACUGACCAUACUGAGGGUGUAGAGAGUGAAUCCAAGGUUGAAAGUUUUGACUCAGGGGUGAGCUCUUCCAUCAGUACUGAGCCAGAUGCUAUGGAGCAGCAGUCGUACCUGACGGGCUUUGGCCGAGACGUGAGCGGGGACGGGCAGCAAGGUGAAGGAGCUCCAGUGCAUAUAGAGGUCAAUGACUCGUCCCCAGAGCAAGUGCAAGAGACAGAGGACGGGGACACAUCCCACAGCACUAGUGACAGUAGCAUGAUGCAGCCCCUGCCAAACUCAGUCAUGUCCCAGUCCCUGUCAAGUGCCCCGCACUACAUGCGCUCGGCAGAAUCACACACCAGCAAUCUGAGGAUGCCGCUCACCGUGACCAGCAAUUCCCAAGUGAUGGGCACUGCUGGAAGCACCUUCCUGCCCACACUCUUUCCUACACAGCCGGCUAGAGACAACAAGCCUUUCCUUUACCUUCCUGGCCAGCAGCAACCCCAGUUUGUGGCAGUGCCGCCCCCUGCAAUGCCAUCAUUCCCGAACCCCAUGUCGGUACAGCAAGCGCCACCUCAGCAGCAACAGGCUGCAGGAGGACUUGGUCCUGGGGAAAAGAAGCCCUAUGAAUGCACUCUCUGCAGUAAAACCUUUACUGCUAAACAGAACUACGUCAAACACAUGUUUGUCCAUACUGGUGAGAAGCCUCAUCAGUGCAGCAUCUGCUGGCGCUCGUUCUCCCUGAAGGAUUACUUAAUCAAACACAUGGUGACACACACAGGGGUGCGGGCCUACCAGUGCAGCAUCUGCAACAAGCGUUUCACCCAGAAGAGCUCUCUCAAUGUCCACAUGCGGCUGCACCGUGGAGAGAAGUCCUAUGAGUGCUACAUCUGCAAGAAGAAGUUCUCACACAAAACCCUGCUGGAGAGGCACAUGGCCCUGCACAGCACAGGCAGCGCCAUCACAGGCCUGUCGGGGAGCGCAGGUACCCCGGGCCCAGUCUCCAUUCCCAUCCCUAUGGCUGUCCCUGAGCCUGGAGCUGGAGUGGUGGCCCUCGCCAUGCCAGUGAGCGGAGGUGCUGGAGUAGGGGCUGGGGUUGGAACAGGAGUGGGUGUAGCCGCAGAAGCGAGCUGCCAAGAAGGGACCACCUACGUGUGCUCCGUCUGCCCUGCCAAGUUCGACCAAAUAGAGCACUUCAAUGACCACAUGCGAAUGCAUGUCUCCGAUGGAUAAGUACUAAUAGAUAAACUUCUUUCAAAAAGAAUGACAAAUAAAAUGGCACUAGAUUUUCCUUUUCUUGUUUUGAGGUAUGAAGAGUAAUGAGUAUAGACACUGGCACAUUAAGUUUCCCAAAAAAAAGAUUUUUUUUUUUCUGUUAUUCUAAAAGGAAAAAAAAGAUGGUGGCCUUAAGGCUUAGUAGUUUGAUAUUGAUCUACUGGAUGGAUCCUAACUACAGGCCUCUAAAUGUAUGCUUUCCUAAAAUACUGAUUUAUGUGUUGAACACUACCGAAAGGCCUACGAAAGAAACACAUACACACAAACACACCUUUAGUGUAGAUAUGUCUGAAUGAAUAUACAUGUGCAUAUAUGUUUGUGUAUUUGCGUAUUUGCAUGUGUCUGUCUGUUUGUCCAAGUGUGUGUGUGUGUGUGUGUGUGUGUGUGUGUGUGUGUGUGUGUGUGUGUGUGUGUGUGUGUGUGUGUGUGUGUGUGUGUGUGUGUACAUUGCCAUGAAACAUAAAUCAUGGCAGUUGUGAACCCAUAUUGACCAGUUUGGAAACUAUAGAUGUCCAAGCUUACUGUGGUAUAAUUUACAACAACAAUAACAAAAAUCAUCUGGGGUUGGGCUACAUAUUCCCUCUAAAAAUACUGAUGGUCACAAGAUUGCCUUCUUAUGUAAAAUAAAAAAAGGAGAGUAGUUAAUUUGACAGUGGGUUUUAUUUAUUCCUAUGGUAUUAAGGGAUUAUAAUGCAGCUGUUGUCAAGGUACCAAUUUCAAUCAUUUUACUGAAAUGUAACUUCCUGUCGGUGGUGACAGGGACAAAUAUUUCUCACAUGUUUUGUAAUUGUUGUCCAUGCAUUGUGAUGGUUAAGAUUACGUUUACUAAAUUAGGGUGUAUUGAUGAGACAGUAUUUGAGCAAAAAUAUGUUUCUUUUUUUCUGAAGUUUGGAGUUUAACUCAUUUGCAUACACUGCCACUAAUAUCUUAAAAGACUGUUAAGGCUAGUAGACCUCUUCCAUUUCAAAACACAAGAAAAAAAGAAAGAUUCUUUUGCUGAUGGUUUUUUUUAGCCUUUCACAUUCACAGUUAUGGCAGGCUGGCAUAUGCGACUAAACUCUCUCCUUCAUAAUUGCUGCUCCUCAACUUGCACCUGACUGUUAUGGGAUGUAGAUUAAAAAAGGAUUUGUCACUUUAACUAUUGUUGUUAUUGAGUAGCCUACACGGUUUUCAUUUGAUAAUUGAAUUAUAAUAUCGGGGGGGGAUUUAGGCUAGUUGUUGAUUGGAACAGUGUUAAAGAGGGAGGGAUUUAAUUUGAAUCAAAUUUGAAUUGGAAAUAAUUGCCAUCCUCAUCCUUAAAAUCCUGUACAACCAGUUCAAUACAAUUGCACAGCUAUUUCAGCAAGUGGGAGCUAAAUGCAUUACUCUUUAUGUAUUGGCUCUCCCUGAAGGCUCAAAUGGCAUGCAACGUUUUGAAAGGAAAUACAGUCUGAAAGCAAAACAAGUAGCUCCAUUGAAAUCACACUGUUUCGUGAUAUACCACAAGUUGCAGACGGACUUUCUAGACAAUAGUAUACAUUCCUGAUUUUUCUAAAAACCCAGACACAGCAUGUACAGAAUAGAUUUGGAAGCUAGUGUGCGCAAGUUGUCAUCCAUGCAUCACAUCACUUAAGGCUCAUUUCUGAUAUUUGAAUUGUUUUUGUAAUUGCUUUUUACUCAAAAUAGGACACACACACACACACAUGCAACUGCCUGCAACUGCAAUCUGAAGGAUUUGCUCAUUUAUGUGAGCAAACACUUUCGUAGUUGUAUUGUUAAAAGAAUAACUGCAUACAGUGGUCUUAAAAAGACCUGCUGUAGAUAAAAAAAAAACAAAGUGCUACUUUGCACAUUUUCUUAAAAUGCCUGUGCUUAAUAUUUAAUCAUUUUCCUUAAAUGAACUUCUAUGAUUUUCUUUUAUUCAAUUUCAAAGGAAAAAAAAACACAUUUUUUUAAAUCUUGAUAAGUGGACUGCAUUAUUUUCUUGCAUAUAUGUUGCACUGCUUAAACCAAUAAGUGCACUACUGUUAACAGAGAUAUUAUAGUUUUAGAAAAGAGGAUUUUUUUUUUUUAAAUCUAACAUUUGGUUGUAGAGUUCACAUGUAAUAGAAUAGCUUUGUUUCAAUUUAUUCAUUAAGUAAUUCAGCGGUUCUUGGCUUUUGUUAUUGCUUGCAGUUACCUACAGUAUAUACUCGUGCCGUGUUAAUGCAAGCAUUUAUUUUUAUUUAAAUAUGUACCAUUACGUGUGCUCAUCUAUGUUUUAAUCUUUGAAUUCAUUCUUUUAUGGAGUACGCUCUCUAUAACAGUUAUUCAAUUGCAUUUCUUCACAAACAGACAGAAUUUUUCUUACAAAAACAUCCAAGCCAAACAACAUUAACAGUGAAACAACAACAGUAAUAAAACACAACUCCCGUCCAACUCCGUUGGCGGAGGUAAUAAUAACUAUUAUUAUAUUAUUAAUAAUAAUACAUUUAUAAUGUGUGUGUGUGUAACAUAAAUGAUGUGUGUGUCCUAGAACAACUUUCUGUGGGUUUAAAGGUGUGGGGAGGUGAUGGAAUGCAGCUUCUUUGAUAUCUGUCUGUCACUUGUACACAGUUCUGUCCCUUCCUUAGUGUUUGUAUGUCUGUGAGUGUCUGUGUGUGGUAUAUAGCCUAAUCAAACUGUUGAUAAGUGGAAUAUCUGAACUGUAGGGCUUCCUUAGCAAUAUGCAACGCAGGUACUAUGAGAAGCAGCUCUCCAAACCUUUUGGGCUAAUGUGGCACCUGUAACAUUUGUUAUGAGAUUCGACUAAAGCAGAGGUCAAGUACCGUUGACUUCGUCAUACGCGUUUGGAGGAGUUAUUUCCAGCAUUUUGAUGCUAAACUUUAUUUAAUUGCUACUAGAUUUCCUGUGGAGUCAGUUGAAGUGAAGUCAAGUGACCAACAUGUGAGACACGGAGAGAUUCUGUAUUCCGGUUUCUCCCCCAGCUAAAAAAAGAAAAUAUUGACCCACACGUUAGAAAUAUGCUGAAAAAGCGUGAGGUUAGUCUGCAGUAAAAGUAGCACAUUAUUUAACAUUUGAUUGGGCCUGUCUCCUAUGGUGUGCAUAUAAGCCUAAAUUGUAUGGUUCCUGUUUGUAGCUGUUGUUGCCAGGAUGGCAAUAUUGCUGCAUGCUAGUGCUAUAUUUGUCUCUACACAGCACGUGGAGGGUAAUCUCAUGCCUUAACAGACAAUGCACUAAAUAGAAUAUGUAAGCAACUGCCGAGAUCUCUUUCCAACAGUACUGCCACAUGUAUGGCACACAGCUCAUGAUGUUGGUGUUUGUUGUCUGUUCAGUACCAAGUUAAACACUGCCAAACUAACAUCAUCACUUCUUUGAAAGCAAAGGCAGAGACAUGAAUUGAAGUGUUUCAGUGUAAUGUAUGUAUCCAGUAAUCUAGCAUUCCUUCAUGGCACCUAAAUUUUACAUAUUUUGUGUGAACACAUAUAUCAAAUGCACUAUUGACUGUAGCUAGAUGAGUACAACCAGCUUUGUGGUAUCAUUGGUCUAAAUAGUAGGUUAAGUAGCUCGAUGUUGGUUUUUGAAAUAUUUGAUUUCAGAAUUACACUAUCAAUUGUUUCUCUAUCUUUUUAUUUUUUUCGGAAUAACAAAAGUAGCCAAUCUCAACGUUAUCUGGAUGAGGGCUAAUAACUCGUCCCAUUGUCAGUUGACUUCUUGUAUCAUAAGGUGUUUGAUAACAGACCAGGCUAGGAAGGGGAAGAACCUUCUCUCCAGUGUGUCAUUACAUGCUAUAGCAUAUCCCAGGCUUUCUCUCCCCCUCCCCUCUCUCCCUCCUCCUCCCCUGUUGCAUUAGCAUCACAUGCUCUUCACUGUCCAUAGUUAUAUAUUCCUUAUACUGCUUCAGCUACUCGUGGUGGUGCUUAAUCCUCUUUUCUCAGUGUUGCAAAAAGUCGGUUGAAAAUUGUUGAAAAGUUGCAACAUUAUCCAGAAAAUAAGUCCUUAUCUCAAUCGUGCUUCUUCUAGUUGUUAGUUUGGAAAAAAAAAAAGUCUAGGCUUUAUGUUUGCAAAGUGUUCGCAUAUUUUCCAGAACAAAACAUAUUGAAAAGUAGAUAAUAGCCUUGAGCCUGCAGCUGUUUGUAUUGUGUUUCAAAUAUAUUACUGUUCAUGUUUUGUUUAUCUUAGUGUAGAGACACAGGGUCUACAGUACAUUGUUGUCCUUCUUGCAGUAUGUUUAAUUCAUCGUUAUACUUCUUUAUUUCAGGCUUCCUCCUGCUUUUUUUUUAAUGGUGAUCAUAGUGGUGUUGUUUAUACAUACAUAGCUUCAUGCAACUGGAUAAAGGAUAGUCAGUUAUUGAGUCAUAUGUCACAGUGUAAUAUACAGUAUAUGCUUAUAUGCUUUGCAUUGAGAUGAAAACAAGGAAAUGGAAGAUAGUAAUGGUGAGGGUCAUGUUGAGUAAGGAACAGGUUCAUUUUAUUCUGAUAAGCAUGUGUCUGUCUUCCUGUUUGUCUAUCAGUCCAUCUCCACACAUUUUAAGUCAGAAUUUUUUUAUUUAAGCCUGAAUAAAGUCACAAAGUUAAGAGUAGAAUACAGAAAACACAUGAAACCAUUCAGAUAAUACGUAACUGCAUUGUUUUUUUGUUUUUUUGCCUUCUACAGUACACAUAAGAGUGAAAUAAAUAACUUCUUACAAAUAUACUAUAUAUAUUUAAGUAUCACCAUCUCCACACAGAUGAAGAAUACAUUUUCAGAUAGUUUGAUAAAGACAUAAUUGCAGCUAGAGUAUACAGUACCUUGUGGGAUAUAGGGAAUAUGCCUAUCAAGUGCCUAUCAGUACAUACAGCAACUAUACAGAAUAUUCAUAGUUUUUCUCUCCUACAUUGCACAGAUACAGUAUAUACACAAUGGUCUAUUAAAAUAUACUAUUUAUACUAUUACUGCUAAGACCUGGUGGUUGUGAGUGCAUCCUAAGAGAACCCUUUAAAAUACCUGAAAUGUUCUAUACAUAUACAGUAAAGGCUACAUCUGCAAGUUUUAUUUUUUAACUUACAUCUAUACAGUUUUGGAGGAUUCAAAGAUAUAAAAUGCAAUCACGUUUUUGACGCUUUAUCGUCUAAAUAAAAAAAUAGGUUGAGUAGGUUCUGAUGGUUCCUAAAAAAAAAGAAACAUUGAAUGACCUUUUUUUUUUCCUUUUUCAGUUUGCUCUCCCUUCUUACUGUUUGGCAUUUUACACAUGCCGGUUUUUUCUGUUUUCAGUUUUUGCCAUUUGCAAACAAGCCAUAUGCUGUACUGUAUGUUUGUGGGGGAAGGGCAGUGGCACUUUGUGAACAGCAGAGGGAGCCACACAUCAGCUGGAAGAGGUGGAGUUAACGCUGUCUGCCACAAUGAACGAAAACCCCAACUCAGAUACUUGGAUAUUUUUAAGAUCUUGUUGCGGGUAAAUAUUGCAAUUCUUCAGAUUAUAAUAACAUCUAUAAGCAUGGCAGUGGUUACCUCCACUGGUAGGAACUGGCAGCUGCACUACUUUUUCAAAGUACACCAUGUGUCCUUUGACCUUGAUGGCAGGCCCUUCCACAUGCAAGCCAAUGCCCAGUUUCCCCAGAACAAUCAUUAAAGUGUUAUCUUAUCUGACAGCAUUAUUGUUUACGUACAGCUUGAAAUUGUAAAGGGCAACGAGCAACGUGAAAAAAAAAAGAAAGAAACUGGUCAUUAAACGUCAUCUACUCACAGUAGAUAUUUAUAACCACUACUUGGAGGAAAAAAUGAGAUUACAAAUUGAAAGUUUUGGCAAUGGCGAACACACAGGCUGCAUUCAAAUGUCUUUAAGUGGUCGGUUUAACAACAUGAAAACAAAACUAAAAUGAAAGUAUAGUGGAAUAAAAAAACAAAUCAAGUUUCAGGACUGAGUGGCUGUGAGAUAAAAGGCUUUGGGAUGGCUUAUUAUUCUUUCCCCUGUGGACUAAUUACCACAGUUUUCUCUCUAACCUUCUCCAGCCUAGUUACUGUGCCAAAUUUAGGAGGGAAAAAAACACUUUUUAAAUUAUGCCACUGUUGUUAAAUUAGAUGUGAGAACCGAGCAGAAAAGCGAAAAGUUAAAGAAUCAUUCUAAGUGAGAAAUUUCUGUAAAGCCUAUAACAUGAACACAAAAUGCAUCGUACCAAAAGCGAGUGAUUGCUUCUAUUUUGAAUCUUUACAUCCUCCAUAAUACAUUGUUUUCAAGUAAAUAGGAGAAAACAGCUAUGAUUAACAAAUGCACACUUUGAAGGCUUAGUUUCAUAUACAUUAAAUGUUAAAAAGGAGCAUUGAUAAUAUAGGCGAUGUGAUAUAGCUAGUCCCUGUCAUCCAACCGUCACACACUGACACACACAGACAGCAACUGCUCAUAUCUUACAGUGAAACAUUCAGAUUCUGUUCUUACACACACACAGUGAAGCAGCUGUUCAGAUUUUAAAGUACAACUCAGCUAAACUAAGCUAUAAUAACAUCUAGAUUAUAUUAUUACUUUCUCCGAACAUGCAGUUAUUACACUACCCUGAUGAGGUUUUUAAUAAAACGUCUUCAUCAGGUAGCUACCAUUGAUCAGUCCAAAUGAAGCAUGCAGUCCUGUCUACACAGCUUUUUCCUGUAGGGGGUUACUUUGUUUUUCAUGGAGCACAAACUAUAUUUUGAGUGCCCCUCGAUAACAGACUUUCUGUAUCUCUUUUAAAAAAAAAAAAACUCACUAUGGUGAGGAGGCUCAGGCGUGAUUUAGCCUCUGAAGACUGAACACUGAGCCUCUUUGUGUUCUCACUCGCUGUAGUCUUUUUGGCUUAGUCCAGCUCGAUGAGACAAUUAGUUUUUAAAGUGUGCAGCAGCGUAACUAAAAACAUGCAUUCCUGUUCAAGUCCAGAACAUUCCAACUCCUAGUCUGGCAUUUGUUUUCCACACUUAACUAACCUAACAUUAAGGAGGAUUUCCAGCGCUUAAUCGUUUUAAAGAUCUGUUGGAUAUUUUAUUAUGUAGUAGCAAACAUUGCCCAUUACAUCAAAGUUUAGUAAAAAGAAAUGUACAUUUCCCUCAAAUAGAUCAGUUUUUAAAUCUCAUCUUGCUGUUUAUUCAAAUUUUGCCAUGAGAUCACGAACCUCAUAAGCACAGCUUAUGCUCGUGUGGACUGGUUCUAUAGACAACAUGCACUAUGCUAUCACUCUGUUUCUCUAUGUAGGUCUCUUUUUUAUAGUGCAGCAGUGACGUAAAUAAAAAACUGCAAAAAGAAAAGCUCUUCUUCACCACGAUGUUGGUCACUGUCUCAGCCAGCACGUCGUCUGCCAUAAGGGACACGCAGACUUAGAUCAAACAUUUUUAGCACUGUAAUGUUCCUAAAGGGGCUGGUGGUGGUAAUUUGUAAAAUGGGGCCAUGCUAAUCAUUAGAGGUCAAAUGGGGGAAGAAAAAAAAACUGUACUAGACAAUGUUUGUUUUCACAAACCAAAGAAGGGUUAAGAUAAUUUAAGUUUUAUGGAGAAAAUAACAUUUCUUUUCUGUGUGUGUGGGGUUCCUACGGUUGGGCUAGAUUGCUACAGUUGUUUUGUUUUUUGGGGGUUUUCUUUGUUUUUCUUCUCAUUGCAGGGUGCUUGUGAAAAUGCAUCUAUGUUUUGUCACUUGAUCAGUUGUUUAUAGUUUUGUGGUUGUGUUAAUUUGCCUAUUGUAGACCAAAAUCUUUUUUUUUAUAUAAGAAAUGCAACAAAAGAUAAAAAUGAAUCUGACACAGUAGCUGUGAUGUAAACUAUCGCAUGUUAAAACAUGUAUAAGAUUGUAAAUGUUGCAUUGUUCCUCUGACAAAAAACAUAAUACUCAGUAAUCACCGGUUACGUCUUCUAUACACACAUUUAGCAAAUCAGUGUAGACCUGUUCACCUUCACAUUGGAUUAUAGCAGUUUUCUUCAAAUAUUGGCACCGUCUAAUAUUUUCAGGCUGUCCCUAAAAUACUAAUCUGACAUUGUGACUUAAGAGUACAUUUAGCCAUUUACACUUGAGAUGGACCAAGAUGUUAAGUUUGCACAUAUUUGUAGGUUGUUUAUUAAGCCAAAAAAAAAGGAAAGAGAGAAUAAAGAUACACAACUUUCAGUCAGAUCUAGGUGAGGCGAUAUUACAGUCGUUCAUGUUCGCUGGGGGAAAAAAAAAUAAUCAUCCAGCCAUCACUACAUGACGAAAAUUAAUUCAAAACCAAACUGUGACACGAAUUUAAAUAUCACAAUGUGGUCCAAAUAUUUAUGAAAGUGAUUACAAUAUAUUUUUGUAAUAACAACACACAUCAUCUUCAAGCGGAAUGUAAACCAUUUGGCAAAAUCUGACAAUAUUUUAUUACUGUAAGGUCUAAUUCCACGUGAAUCUGCUGUAUAUUUUUCAUCCUGUGUGUUUAAAAUAGCAAAUUGAAAUACUGUAAUUCGGGCGAUGUUUUGUACCUGGAGGUGAAGACAGAAUUUCUCAAAUAUUGCCAUUACAAAUCAGAAAUGACAUGUGUCCUAAUCAAAGCAGCUUAGGUUUUUGUUUCAUCUGGCUUUCAGGCUUUUUGCUGCCAUAUCUUGUAUGUAGAUGCUUUUUGUAAACAUGCACUUGAGUUGAACUAUGAGAUGUGCUUAUAAAUAUGUGUAUAUUUUGUUAGGCUCUUUUUGGCCUACGUUAGCUUGAUAUUUUAUUAUUUCCCUAAAAAUACUUCUCCUAUAUAGUUAUGAACUUGGCAGAAGUGGAGCUGUUGUAGUAAAGGUAGUUAACAUCACAACUAAGCAACCCUGAAAUAUAUGCUGCAGUAAUGUGUUUUCAGUUUGUUUUUGAUAAUUUAUGCUCCAAGUUGGUUUGUAUUUUAUUAUUAUUAUUGUUAUGAAACAAGCUUGUUUGAAAUGUAUUGACUGCUGUUUUAAAAAAUAGGGGAUAAAGUUUCUUUUUUUUUUAAUGUAUGUGCAAGGACGUUUUUAUAAUAUGAUUUGUCAAACACUGGACUGGAGUGAGUUUUCCAACAUUUCCAAGUUGAGAGAUGUAUUUGACAGACAUAACUGCACAGACGACACCCGUUAGCACAGAUGUGAGCUGACAGACAAAGCACAUCCUCCCAGCUGUACAGGGGAGGGUGACUAACAUGGCCGCCAUCCUACCCGCUCAAAAAUAGUCAUAAGAUGUAAGAAGUUAAGACAUUUCCUUUGUGCUGGUUUAAUUGCAUUCAUUGGGUGAUGGGUUAUAUAUAAUAGAAAAAAUAUUUAUUAGGGUUUUCCUUCCAAAUUGUUGCAUGGCAUCGACUGGUGACAGAUUUUUUUUCUUUUCUUUUCUGCAAAUAGAAAGAGUGCUCGCAUUAAUAUUCAGAAAAAAUCGUAAAGGGAUACCACUUGACAGCUAUCCAGUUAUCAAAAUCACCUGGUGUGUUCUUGCUAUGGUAGAGCAGAUAUGACAGUUGAGUCUCAUUACACCAACCACCACUUCUCAAACCAGAAAAGAGAUUUGCACUAGACUUAUUUUGGUCUUCUACUAUCAAAAGCAAUAUAAUUCACUCAACACAUUUUUAAACCAUAGUAUGUGACGGUUGUCGCCCACAGUGGCAAUGCUGAGUAAAUGGUGAUAUUUGACGAGUUUUGAUUUGUUUUUGUUUUUGUAUUCAAAGGUACAGAAUCGGUCACCUUUUUUAAUGCACAUCCACGUGUUGUUGUUGUUCGUAGCAGGUUAUUUUGUACCCAGCAGUACCCCGAGUAUUAGUGUCCAGAUUUGAGGGGCAUUAAAACUGUUGUUUCCUCCUGUGAUUGUUUUGGACAAAUCAAGCAGCUCUUACAGAUCUGAAGUGAGAGACGGGAUGUAUGAGGGAUGGAAUCAUUUCCCAUGAGUCAAACUUGUCGAUCGUCUUCAUCACACAGCCAACAACAUUAUUAAAGAUAAAUACGAAUACCAAAAGAUAACCCCAGCAGUCCACUGUCCUGCACACCGUUCCCCCUUUAAAAACACUCGUCUUUCUCCGCAUAUUUGGUAACUUUUGAGUGCUUCUUGCUGGGAUGUUACAAAAAAAAUGCUUUAAAGUGAAAUAAUAAUGAAACGCUUCUUAGAGGAAGAAAAAAAAAUCCAAAUGCACCUUUUUUUGUCGUACAAACACAACAUCAUUGGCCACAUAGGUAGGAGAAUCUCUGUCCACCAAAAUGUAUCAUACGUCAUCCUUUUUCCAACGAGGUCAUUCACAACAGCAGUAAUUAUUGACCUUAACGUCGUUAUUUUGUUGAUGGAUAAGUGUAAAUUUUUCAAUAAUUCACAAACAGCAAAACUUCACCAUUUUAUCUGGAUGUAGUAGCUUUCCUGUUUUCACCGCUUUGUGGUGUUGUUGAAAGAUGUUGCGGUUUGUCUAAAUAUGUUGCGUGUUAGAGGAAGCAUAAGUAUGUGCCUUCUUGUAAUCUCCUUGGUGAGCUUGUUAUUAUUGAGAAGCUGAAGCCAGCCAAUUGUGUUUGCACUAAAACCAAAUUGCUUUUGUGAUGUAGACUAUUUAAGCAAGCUUGUUGCGUCACUUUAACCGUACAGUAUGCAUGAGGGUGAAAUUGGUAAGUCUAGGGCUAGAGCUCUCAUCUGUUGACCUGUAAACCAGUGCAGCUUAGAGGAUCUUGUGAAUAUAUCUUGGCUUAGUUUCGCAUUCAGUUUUCAAUUCCAUCUCCUUACUCAUCAAGUUUGUCACAAUUUCGACAGUUCAAAGAAAAAAUAUAAAAAAAUCAAAUAAAAACGAGAAAAAAAAAAAGCAAAUAACACAUACCAUGAAUACAAUACAGCUUUUACUUUCACAUGCCACAGUUAGAGAGUUACACAACUGCAGCAGAGAUAUUCAUUUCUCUGAAUCCAUGGGAAUGCAUGAGUAUACGAGGUCGCCUCAAGACUAUUGGUCAAAUUAAUUUAGGUUGUUUUUUGAAAACUUGUAUUUAUUACACAUUUUGUUGACAUCUAAGAAAGGCCUACAUGCUUUGAGUCUUACAAAUGCACCUUAUUCAUGUCAGUCCAUGUGGGGAAAAAAAAGGCUGGCAAUGUAAUAUCUCUGAUUUAGCACCUUACUACACAGCAUGUUUUCACUUUAUGCCAGUUUAGCUAUUCUUCCAUAUGUAUGAUUUCAAAAAUAAAUCUCAUAUUUUGUGAAAUUGUUUUCAUGGGAUGUGCCAAAGUUUGGAGGCGAUCUCCCAAGUGUUUAUGCUUAUCAUUUUCUUUUUCUCCUCCUUCAGUUAUAGCAAUGGUAUGUCAAAACUUUCCUAUAACAGUGUGUGGAAUCAAUUUAUCUCAGCAAACAGUAUCAUUACUUGCCAUUUUACAAUAAGCCCUGUAUUUCACAUAUAUUUACCAGUGAUGUGUAUUUGUUAUUAUAAAGAAAAUAGCCGUAAAAGCUUCAUUAUGUUACAUAAUAUUGUGACUUUUUUCGAAAAACUGUGAAGACUUAUCUUGCAUAUACUUUAUACAGAAGUAUUAAGCCUUAAUACAAAAGACUAAAAAAAGUGUGGAAGAAUAAACUGAUUGUUGCUAAGUAAGGAUGAUUUUUGUAAAUGUUACCAGCACUUUUUUUGUAAUUUUCACUCUCUGAGGUAUUGUACAAGUUCAAGCUGUUUGUGAAGUUUGAUUAUGAAGGAAUAAAAACUAGUACUUUCCUGUACUUCACAGAA